AGGAUUGUUGGGUCUUGCUAAGGAUUCGCUAACCAGAACUGUUUUGAAUUUGGGCCAGCAAUUCACGUUGGAGUACAGCAUCGGAAGACUCACUUUUUACAUCCGCUGGUGUGUGGUUUUGAGUGGUGCAGCCACCUUUAUGGGCUCUAGUUUGGAUCCUGCUUGCGUCAUCAUAAAAGUGCUCUCCUUCUGUGGGAUUUGCUUUAGCAUGUGGUUGUAGGCAAAGCGAGACCUGGCGCCUCGCUCAGCUUUUUAAAAGGAUUUCUUUGACAUACUUUCAGGAGCACUUUCUGUACUUGUAUUCACCUGUCUCCAAGCUUGUCAAGACCAGAACCACCUGCCCAUUUUUGAACGAAGCCAGAAGCGGCUAAUUUCAUCAUUAUUCUGCUUUGAAGGCCCAUCACCAGAAGCGGAGAUGCUGAACCAGGGGGCUGUGAUGAUCUUCACAGGGAUCUGUGGGGCGUUAGUGGUCAUGGCAGUGGCCUACUACGCCUACUGGUCGGUGGUGCUAAGUGAAGGGCCGUGUAAAAGAGGAUUGUAAAGACUAACCCGCUGUGCAGUGUGUGUGGGGGGUGAGUGUGUGUGUGUGUGUGUGUGUGGAGGGGGCUCUCAGUCAUGGGUGUGGUGGCGUGGCUGAAGAGCCUGUUCAUACUGCAGCUCUUGAUUGGCUUCGUGUUUGUGGUGAGCGGCCUCAUUAUCAACUUCACCCAGCUGUGUACCUGUGUGCUGUGGCCCUUCAACAAACAGCUGUACCGCAAGAUCAACACCAGACUCGCCUACUCGCUAUGGAGCCAGUUGGUGAUGCUGUUAGAGUGGUGGUCUGGCACCGAGUGCACACUCUACACCGAUCAGGCCACGGUGGAUAAGUUUGGUAAAGAGCACGUCAUCAUCAUCCUCAAUCACAACUAUGAGAUCGACUUUCUGUGCGGCUGGACCAUGUGUGAGAGAUACGGCGUACUGGGGAGUUCUAAGGUUCUGGCUAAACACGAACUGCUGAAAGUUCCUCUGAUCGGCUGGACGUGGUACUUCUUGGAAAUCGUUUUCUGUAAGCGGAAGUGGGAGGAGGACAGAGAAACUGUCUUCAGUGGGCUGAACCGUCUCCGAGAUUACCCAGAAUACAUGUGGUUCCUGCUGUACUGUGAAGGAACAAGAUUUACGGAAAAGAAACAUGAGAUAAGCAUGCAGGUGGCUGAGAGUAAGGGCCUUCCAAAACUGAAGUACCACCUGCUGCCCCGCACCAAAGGAUUCACCACUACACUGCAAUGCCUCAAGGGAACAGUGGAAGCUGUGUACGAUGUCACGCUGAACUUCAAAGACAAGCAGAACCCAACCCUGCUGGGCAUCGUUAACGGCAAGAAAUACAAAGCCGACAUGAGCAUCAGGCGCUUCCCUGUGGAGGAGAUUCCUGAUGAUGAAAAAGAGUGCGCUAACUGGUUACAUAAACUCUACCAAGAAAAGGAUGCGUUACAAGAACACUAUGAAAAGGAGGGCUGUUACCCUGGCCCCACCAUCAAAACCAAACGUCGAGUUUGGACACUGCUGAACUUCCUGUUUUGGGCUACUCUCCUGCUUUCUCCGCUUAUUAACUUCGCCUGGGACGUCUUUGUCAGUGGCUCUCCCCUCCUCAUCAUUGGCUUUAUGAUCUUCCUCAUUGUCGCUUCUGUAGCAGUUCGUCGGCUCAUCGGUGUAACCGAAGUGAAGAAGACAGGAUCCAGCUACGGCAACAUAGAGGCCAAGAAGGAGAACUAAACAUUUUCACCAUGUCAACACCGUGUGGCCACUGUAUCGCUCUCCCUGCAGUCCAGCCUCAGGCACAGAGCUGCCCUGUGUGCAGUUAGCCUUCUUACAAAAAAAAAAGCAAUUAAAAAACAAAUUAAAUAAAAAAAAAAAAUCUCAGCAUUGGGAGGUGUAUAGGGAUAAAACUAUAGAUUUAACUUAAUACACUAGUCUAUAAAAUAUUAUGAUAAUUUUUAUGAACCAACUAAAUGGGAAAUAGAGGAGAAGAAACACUCGUCAGCUGUGGAUCGAUGACGAAACGCUCCUCUUCUCCAGCGGAGAAAGAUGAGACGAACUAGAGAGACUAACCAAUGGUACCAAUCAACCUAUCAGAGGAUUGUUCCUCCUGUUUAGCCCCGCCCUUUAACAUCAUAAGACCCACCCAUUUCCCAACAAACCCACUUGUUGUCAUAGUUCUUCAUUGUUAUUUAUCAACUCUGGAAGUGCUUUGUAACACUCCAUUCUCUGCAUCUACAAAAUAAGUAACAUUCCUCUUUGGAUCUUCACCCAGAGCCACACAAGAGUCACUUAAACUGGUUUUCUACGAUCAGUAUUUCACGUCACGGGCCGGCAGAGCAUGCUGCAGUUGAGGAAGACAAACAGCCCAUGCGAUCAGUGAUGAGGGUCACAACACGGUCCCCACCCAACAAAUGAACUGUUGUAGAUCUUUGGUCUGUUGCAGCUGGAGUGACGUGGUGAAAACGGUUCAGUGUGGCCAAUUUGAUGGUAAUUGAAAUGGAUUGAGCAGGAUUUCUAAGGAAAAGCAUGUCUUCUGUAACUUUACUCCCAUUUUUGAGACCUUUUUCACAAUUACCCACUAUGUCGCCAUUCUGUCAUUGGCUGUGCUGAAUAAGCAAUACGUGUUUUCUACCAAUUCACCUAGAGCAUCUCUUUAGUCAGUCUGCAGUUUUGUCAAACAAAUUGAAAGCCCAUGGACCAUGAUUCAGUUGGCCAACCUCUCUAUCCACGUGUAACUAAUGAAAUAAAGGCGCUGAAGUGUGAGAUUCUGAUAGUAGCUGAAUGACCAAGAACUAAACUAUCAGUUCUGUAAAUAAAGAAAGAUUGUGAAACCUGUUUAGUGUGAACUAAAGACACUAAUGGUUUGUAAAUAAACUCUAGAUUUUUCUUGACCCAAAUCCAUUUGUAUUCACAACACCUUUGCACUUCAUUGAAAUUUAUCUCUCAGUAUAUGUCACCCACUGUUUUUAAUGUGCAACUUGGUACUCUUUCAUUGGUGAAACAGGAAACGACACACGCAAGCCUUGGCAGAACAGUGCGGCUUCGUUUGGUGUGCACUUGCAGUCCCGUGUGGUUUUGAUUUCUGAACCUUGUGCAGGUUUGCUGACCCUCAAAUCAUGUGUAGAUCACAGAAACAGAGCUUCAGAUGCAGUAACAUGGGUUUGGAAGAUCUGCAUGACACAAGUGUUGCAGCUGUGAGAUUUAUUACUUGGGUCAAAGACCAGAGUUCAUUAAACUAAAAUAUCAUCAUACAAGGUUUACUUUUUACCAUUACCUGGUUGAAGGAAUAUUAAUUGAUCAGUUGCACAAAAAAAGCAGUGGUUCCCACAUUAAUAUUGAUAUUUUUAGGAGAGAAUACUGUUGAAAGAAAAAAAUCCAUGUUAUGUAUUGGUGACAUUUCAGAGUCUGAUCUGGUAUUGGCUGAUCUCUGAGCCAAGAUCAGUUCUUGUACUCAAAUGCUGUUAUGAACAUCACACCUCAUUUAGAGCCGGAAUUCCCACUACUUUGAAUAAAUGUUGCUGCUGUAUACCGAA